CGAAAUUCUGAUAGAGAGAGAGAGAGACAAAUAAAAAAUAAACAUGAGUAACAUCGAACAAGGCGAUUUUGAAAAGGAAGAGGAGUAUGCAGGGGUGUUUGAUUUUGAUAAGAACAUCGGACAUAAUUCCGCUAUGAAAAGAGAAGUUGGCCUUCUGACACCAAUUAUUGGAGCCUUGGCACUGUUCAGUCAUGCUCUUCAGAAUGCUCAAAGGAAAGUUCCUUAUUAUACGAGAAUGGCAACAGUAGGUGUUGGAAAAGCAUGUUUAGUCAUGUUUCUUUUGGAAUCAUGGAGGACAUGGAAUUACAAGAGAUACACAAGGCGACAUAAACUGGUUGAGUUGUACUUUGAACAACAUAGAGAGGAUUUUCCACAUGUAGGACCAGGUCCCAAAAAAUAUGGUGAAACCCUAUACGACUGGAAUUGUUCUCGAUUUUAAAAUUAUAAAGCGAUGGAUAUUUAAGUUCAUAUGACAAACAGCUGUGUGAUAAGAAAUGAGAGUUUUGAGUGCUAUUUCUUGAAAAGUUCAUUCAUUGCUUGAACUUUAAGUAAACACAUUUGGAAUAUGAACUGCCAAGAUUAUUGAUUUAAAAAAGAAUUUCAAAUUAAAUUGAAUUACAUUA